AUGCAGGAAUGCCACACAGCUCUGUGUCUGUCAGUUUACGUGGUCACCUUCCUGUCUGGCUUCCCGGCCAACGCCCUGGCCUUCUACACCUUCAGCCGGAAGGUGAGGCAGAGAGCCACGCCCAUCGACAUCCUUCUUCUCAACCUCACCAUCUCCGACCUCCUCUUCCUCCUCUUCCUGCCCUUCAAGAUGCAGGAAGUGUCCAACAACAUGACUUGGAGCCUGCCCUACUUCCUGUGUCCCCUGUCGGGCUUUGUGUUCUACAUGACCAUCUACAGCAGCAUCUUCUUCCUGACGGCGGUGAGCGUGGAGCGCUACCUGGGCGUGGCCUUCCCCAUCAAGCACUCCCUGUGGCGCCGGCCGCGCUACGCCGUGGCUGCCAGCGUCUUCUUCUGGCUCUUCUGCUUCAUGCAGCUCAGCAUCGUCUUCAUCAUGCCAUACUACAACCCCAAGGGCCUGCAGCACCACCUCGCCGCCUCCAACGCCACCUCUGAACCCCACAGUGCCCAGCUGCACAGGAACGUGUGCUACGAGGGCUUCACCCCCGCACAGCUCAACAUCCUGCUUCCCGUCCGCCUGGAGCUGUGCCUGGUACUGUUCUGCAUCCCGCUUAUCAUCUGCAGCUUCUGCUACAUCAACUUCAUCCGCAUUCUGUCCCGGCUGCCCCACAUCGGCCGGCGGCGGCGCCUUCGGGCCAUCGGCCUGGCGCUGGGAACCCUCCUGGUGUUCCUCUUCUGCUUCGGUCCCUACAACGUGUCCCACGUGGUGGGGUUUAUCACCAAGGAGAGCCCGGACUGGAGGGACAUGGCCCUGCUGCUCAGCACCUUCAACGCCUGCCUGGACCCCUUCAUCUUCUACCUGUCGUCCUCGGCCGUGCGUGGCACUCUGGGCAGCGUGACCCAGGCCUUCACCUGCCGCGUGCGUAGGUGUCUGUCCUCGCACGUGUGCAGGGCCUGUCUGAGAGGCUCCAGCCCCACCAAAGGAGGAGAGGGACACAAGCAAAGGGAGGUCAAUGCUCUCUGA